UCCAAUAAGGAAGAGGAACCUAGGUAGAUGGCGAUGGGGUUCAAACAUUUCAAUUUCUUUGCAUUAAUGCUCGUGGGUUUGGGUCUUAUAGUUGCUGUUCAUGCCCAGGAUCAAUCAGGCUUCAUAAGCAUAGCUUGUGGGGUACCAGCGAACUCUAGCUUUACGGAUGACACAACAGGCAUUAAUUACAUUUCAGACGCCACCUUCAUUGACUCAGGUGUGAGUAAGAGCGUAUCCACUGACAUCAAAGCUACAGACCAACAACAGGUGUGGAAUGUCAGAAGCUUUCCUCAAGGAAACCGCAACUGUUACACCAUAAACGUCACAGGUGGCACUAAAUACUUGAUCCGAGCAACCUUUAUGCAUGGAAAUUAUGAUGGAAAAGGUAAUUUGCCACAAUUCGAUCUCUAUCUUGGACCAAAUAAGUGGGAUACGGUCAAAGUGUUAAAUUCAUCGAUUAGCGUCAUCAAAGAGCUCAUAGAUGUUCCGUCUUGGAACUAUAUACAUGUCUGUCUAGUAAACACCGGCCUUGGGACACCAUUUAUAUCGGCAAUAGAGUUAAGGCCAUUGAAAAAUACUACCUAUAUCACAAAAGCUGGAUCAUUGGCACUCUUUUUGAGGGUGGAUGUUGGAUCAAAAACCAGUCCAGCAUACAGGUACCCAUACGACGUUUAUGAUCGGCUUUGGAUGCCCCUUGACUCCAGUUUAUUGAACUGGACAGAUAUACGUACCUCGCUUACCGUUGACUCAAAAAUUCACAAUGAUUAUCAUCCACCAUCUAUUGUAAUGAGUACUGCCGCCACACCUAUAGAUGAUGGUCCCAUGGAGUUCAACUGGAAUUCGGAGGAUGCUGCCACUGCCGAAUAUUAUAUCUACAUACACUUUGCUGAAAUCGUGAAGCUCCAAGGCAACCAGUCCAGAUCAUUCAACAUUACCCUCAACGGGAAGUACUGGUAUGGGCCUCUUGUUCCUGAUUACUUGUCUACAAUCUCACUGUAUAGCCCAAGUGCCCUAGCUGGACAAGCAAAAUAUGAUUUUUCAAUUUUCAAAACUGAAAAUUCAACACUUCCACCCAUCAUGAAUGCGGUUGAGAUAUACUCAGUGAAAUAUCUCUUGCAAUCAGAAACAGACCAAGGAGAUGUUGAUGCCAUUGCAAAAAUCAAGUCAACGUAUGGAAUAAAGAGAAUUUGGCAAGGAGAUCCGUGUGCCCCUAAAGGAUACUCGUGGGAAGGUCUAAAUUGUAGCUAUGAUGGUGAUACUCCUCCUAGAAUCACAUCCUUGAACUUGUCCUCAAGUGGAUUGGUCGGAAAUAUAUCUGCCGAUAUAUCAAAUCUCGUAAUGUUACAAUAUUUGGAUCUUUCUAAUAAUAGCUUAACCGGAUCGGUACCUGAUUUCUUAUCUCAAUUACAAAACUUGAGGGUCUUAAACUUAGAACGAAACCAGCUCUCCGGUUCAAUUCCAAUUCAACUUAAUGAAAGAUCAAAGAAUGGUUCAUUAUCAUUAAGUGUGGGUGACAAUCCAAAUCUCUGUGGAUCUGAUUCGUGCAACAAGAAAAAAAGCAAUGUUGUUGUUCCAAUAGUAGCAUCACUUGGUGGAUUGUUAAUCCUUGCAUUUAUUGUUGCUGCUAUCUUUUUGGGAAUAAGAAUAAAAAGGAGAGAACAACAUGUUAUCAUGGUAGAUAAUGAAUCCAACUUUCAAAAUCCAUCAUUGGAGUCCAUACAACGGCAAUUUACAUAUUCUGAGCUUUUAAAAAUGACAAACAACUUUGAAAGGAUUCUUGGUAAAGGUGGGUUUGGAACAGUUUACCGUGGGAACAUAGAUGACACUCAAGUAGCAGUAAAGAUGCUCUCUCCAUCAUCAGUUCAAGGGUUUCAACAAUUUCAAUCAGAGGUUAAACUUCUUAUGAGGGUUCAUCAUAGAAACUUAACUACUCUUGUUGGGUAUUGCUAUGAAGGAACUAACAUGGGGCUCAUUUAUGAGUACAUGGCCAACGGAGACUUAGAAGAACAUCUUUCAGGUGAAAGGGCAAACAUCUUGAAUUGGGAAGAUAGACUCCGAAUAGCGACGGAUGCAGCACAAGGAUUGGAAUAUUUGCACCAUGGUUGCAAGCCACCUAUAGUUCACAGAGAUGUGAAGUGUACAAAUAUCUUGUUAAAUGAAAAUUUUCAUGCCAAAUUAGCUGAUUUUGGGCUAUCCAAAAUUUUUCCCACUGAUGGCGGCACUCAUGUGUCAACUGUUGUUGCUGGCACCCCUGGGUAUCUAGAUCCUGAGUACUACAUAUCAAAUUGGUUAACUGAGAAAAGUGAUGUUUAUAGCUUUGGAGUCGUUCUUUUGGAGAUAAUCACAAGUCGGCCUGCAAUUGAAAGAUCCCAAGAAAGGACUCAUGUAAGUCAAUGGGUAAGUUCCAUGCUUGCUCAAGGGGAUAUAAAAAAUAUUGUUGAUCCAAGGUUGCGUGGAAAUUUCAACAUCAACUCUGCUUGGAAAGCUUGUGAAAUAGCUAUGGCGUGUGUAUCUCCUACUUCUACUAAAAGGCCAACAAUGAGUCAAGCAGUGGCCGAACUAAAGGAGUGUUUGGAAACUGAAUUAGCUAGGACAAAGAAGGGCCUUGAGGGUGAUUCAACAAAUUCAAUUGAAAUGCUCAACAUGAAUCUGACUACUGAACUCCGUCCUUUAGCACGGUAAAACGUUGUCCAAAAUUGAAAUUGGCAUGUCGAAUCU